CUGAUGAAAAGACUUCAGAUUCUUCUGAGACUGAAGACAGUGAAGAAGAAGAAGAUGACGAUGAUGAUUGGCAGGAGCCUUUGUCAGAUUCUGAGCCUGAUGCUGAAGACAGCGACAGUAGCAGCAAGGAGCCCAGGGCACCUGACGCAGGCAGACAUGCUAUGAAGCACAAGGAAGCCCCUGUAGGAGAUGUGGGAUGCCACAAAGCCAAAAACUCCUUUAGCUGCUUUCAGUGUGGUAAACAGUUUCACAGCAAGCAGUCAUUUCACAGACACAUGAUAUGCCAUUCAGGAAAACGGUCUUCAUGCUCUUUGGUUAAUAAGAAACAUUUUCGAAUGAAGCAGAAUGAGACUUCACAGUUGAGAGUCCAGGCAGGAGAAACAACAUUUGGUUGUGAUAUUUGUGGUAAAAGACUUAGACAACAGAGAAAUCUCAAGAGACACAUGAUCCUCCACACAGGAGAGAAAACAUUUGGUUGUGAUGUGUGCAGUAAAAGAUUUUAUGAUCAGAGAAAUCUGAGGAGACACAUGAGGGUCCACACAGGAGAGAAGCCAUUUUGUUGUGAUGUUUGUGGUAAAAGAUUUUGCGACCAGAGAAAUCUGAAGAGACACACGAAAAUCCACACAGAAGAGAAACCGUUAGUUUGUGGUGUAUGUGGUAAAAUCUGUGAACAUCAACAAAGUCUGAGCAGACACAUGGUAGUCCACACAGGGGAGAAACCAUUUGGCUGUGAUGUCUGUGGGAUAAGAUUUAAACUAAAGAAGUCUCUUAAAACACACAUGAGAGUCCACACAGGAGAGAAACCGUUUGGUUGUGAUGUUUGUGGUAAGAGAUUUGGAUAUCGGGGUAGUCUGAAAACACACAUGAGACUCCAUACUGGAGAGAAUCCAUUUGGUUGUCAUGUUUGUGGCAAAAGAUUUCACGAUCAGAAAAAUCUGAGGAGGCACAUGACACUCCACACGGGAGAGAAACCUUUCGGGUGUGUUGUUUGUGGUAAAAGAUUUAGACAACGAAGGAAUCUCAAGAGACACACGAGAAUCCACACAAGCGAGAAAAUAGUAGCUUGUGAAACGUGUGGUAAAAGUUUUUACGAUCAGAGAAGUCUGAGGAGACACAUGACGGUUCACACAGGAGAGAAGCCAUUUGCUUGUGAUGUUUGUUUUCAAAGAUUUACACAAAAGAGAAAUCUGAAGAGACACACGAGAAUCCACACAGGAGAGAAGCCAUUUAGCUGUGAUGUUUGUGGCAAAUGCUUUAGAGAUCAGGUGAAUCUGAAGAGGCACAUGCCAGUCCACACACAGAAGAAACCAUCUGGUGACAGUGAUGAAAGGUAACUAAAUACAUUUACUUAAGUGAUGUAGUUAAAUAGAAUUUUAAGGUUCUUGUACUUGUGUAUUUCUGUUUUAUACUACUGUAUACUUUUACUUCACUACUGUACAUUUCAAAAGGAAGCAUGGUGCUUUUUUUUUCCUGCACUACAUUUACAUGAUAGUCAAGGUCACCACUUACUUUUCAAAUUACAUUUUUACAAUGUAAAACGUAAUGAUAAACAAAUGCCCAUACAAAAACAGCAGAGCUGAUUCUGAGCCCUUGUUACAUGUUUCAAAUGUCUCUCACUUCUUAGCAGUUCGGCUGAAGGUUGGGUUAUUCCCUAAACAUCUCAGAUGGUUUCAUCAAAAUAAUUUUUUAAGAUGAAAGAGGUCAAAUCAUCCACAAAGAGCAAAGAAUCCCACCAAGGUUUAUCACAGAACCGUUUGAUUUUUUGGCCUGAUAUCUGUUCAUGAGUUCAGUAUUGUUUGGUGAAUUCCAGUCCCAGUCCACUUUUCCUUCACUUCCAAACCCAUAAAAUCAAACUUGAUAUUAAAAUGGUGUCCUGGUGUUUGGGAUCUCUGGGCCAGUAUUCAGUCAGAGAUAUUGGCUGUCCACUUUGUGUUCUAAAACAGAGAUGUGUUGCUUAGCAUGAAAGAUUAGCCUGUUUUCUGGAAUUACCGUUAUCAGCUGAUGAAGCUCGGUGUCAUAUUGCCUCUUCAUGCUGCCUGCACCUCAUGCAAAUGCUUGCAUAGGCAAAUGGAACGCAGCCAAACUUCCAUGAAGAAUACGCUUGUGUUUCCCCAGUUACAGCUCCUCCCAGCAGCCUCCUCACUCCUGCAUUCCUCAGAGUAGAAAUAAGAGCUUUGAGAUGCUCUUCAUCU